UUCCUAUUGGCUGCGGGCCGUAUGGAGCUGCUUGUCAACAAGAUGGCCUUCUUCUUCCUACCUUUUUGACACUGAUUAUUUCAGUAGUCCUAAGUAUACACCGUUAAAAGCUCGUGCCACUUCUGAAAAGAUAACAAGGGAGGGUGUCCUUCAAAGUGUGCUAAAAAAGGCAUUGAGUGAGUGGCAUCUAGAGUAUUUGUGAAGACUGACAGACCCUGGAUAGUAACCCGCGCUAAACAAGGUUGAUGAGAGAAGAGCUAGCUGGCUAAUGUCGUUAGCCGAAGAGCGAGCUAGCCUAGCUACGUGUCCACGGACCACUCGUGUUACCUGCGGAACACUAGCUGCUGCCGUCUUUUUGAGUCGCUCAGCUGAGACGUAAAGCUCGCUAUCCAGUUGUCAUCAACGAUUUUCCAGGCCAAAACUCGCUUUGGACUUGGACGUUAAGAUUACUCACAGAUUGUAUGCCUGUGGUCGCUGCUGAUCUGGGUGGCACACAGCGCCCGCCAGGUUGGCACUGGGACAGGGGGGCGGGGAGAGCAUGAGGAGUCCAGCCUCGGGUUCCUGCCGGCCAGCCUAGAUGCCGUUACGCCCUGUGGGCCGUCCGCUCCCUGAUGGACCGAGACACCUUCUCCCACAUCCGCCUGCUGUGCCCCCGCCCCUUCGGCACGUACUCUCAGAACAAGGCCCGCGGUGCCGGCUCCGCCGCCAGCGUUGGCGGGACACGGGGCUGCCCCGGCUCCCCUUCCCUCUGCAAGGCCGAGCCCUCUGCCACGGGCCGCGGGCCGCCGGAGGGCGGCGGCGGCGGCGGCGAUGAAGGGUGGCAGUCCGCGGUCGGGGAGCAGGGGGAGAACGUAGCCGUGGCACAAGACGACGAUGCGGGUUCGGAGAACACGCCCCCGGACCUCCCCUCCCCUCCCUCCAGCGCCAGCCCGGCGCCCGCGCCCCCCUCCGCCCCGCCCUCGCCCCCUUCCUCCGGGGCCCAGAUGGAGGAGGGCCGCGUGCUGCUGGACACCUGGUAUGUCAUCAAGCCGGGGAACACCAAGGAGAAGAUAGCCUUCUUUGUGGCGCACCAGUUCAGUGGAGCAGGACUACAGAGACCCAGUGCCAUGAAGGUGAAGGGUAACUGGGCAACGGACUGCAGCAAGGCCAAGCGGCGAAGGCGCUGUUCCUCCUAUGACCCUCCGACCCGCCCCCUGGCCUCCUCGGACCCCCAGCUCGACGAGACGCCGCCGGACGGGGUGAGCGAGACGGACCUCCUGUCCGUGGCGGAGAUGGUGGCUCUGGUGGAGCAGCGGACUGCCAUGGCCCUACAGGGCAUGGUCGCCUCCCAGGACCACCUGCAGCCCAGUCACCAGCUCACCACUGGCCAGGGCCUCUCCGUCCACCAGCACACCCUCCUCCGGAGCUCCGUGUCGGACCCCAACCCUAUGGUCUUCUCGUCGGAGGGUCCGGACUCCGGGCCCCCAUCGGACAACGACGAGGACUCCUCGUCCCCCAUCCGGACGGACCAGGAGGAGCAGGAUGACGAGCCCUGCAAGGUGGCCGACGCCAUAGCCCUCUUUGAGUCCCAGAACCAGGAGAAUCAGCUGAGGCUGGCCUCGGGCUCCACAACCCUAUCGGAGCCGUCCGACCCGGUGAGGGCCCGCGGGGGAGGAGGGGAGCCGGGGCUCUGCAACAAGGCCACCCCCCCGCCCCCGACUCAGUGUCACGGCGAGGUGAGGAUCGCCUUCCGCGUGUCCAGUCUGGACCCGCGAUCCCAGUCGGAGCCCGCCGGCCGGCCCCGCUGCAUGUUCAUGAGUUGCGGCGGCGGCGCCGGCCAAUCGGGGGCCAGGGCCAAGGAGAAGAUCACGUGUGACCUCUACCAGCUGGUCAGCCCGUCGUCGCGGGACCCCAGCGGCCUGCUGCUCGCCAAGCCAGACGGAGAAGCGGCCUACCACGCAGAAAGGCAGGCCUGCCGCUGCCCGGAGCCGGGCCAGGAGCUCCCCAAGGCGGAGAAGAAGGGCGUGGGGAGGGAGCGGAUGACGGGCUUCCACGUGGAGGUGGUGGUGACGGGCGCCGUGGACCAGUGCGUGUUCUACGGCAAGGACAGCACGGAGAACGUGCAGGAGGAGACGGUGUGCUUCGCCAUGCCGGGCGGCGGGGCGGACCUGUCGGCCGACGACCCCCCUCCCGGCCAGCUCUUCUUCCUCCAGCCCCCCCGGGGGCCGGAGGAGGACGGCAAGGGACCGGGCCCCGGCGGGUCAGGAAUGUGUUCUCUGGACUGCACCAACAGCGGUGGCGGCGGCAGCAGCAGCGGCGCGGGCAGCCCCGGCUCGCUGGUCGCGGUGGGCCCCGGGGAGCGUGCGGCGCGGCCCGACUCGCCGCUGGCCGGCGGCGGCGUGGCGGCGGACGACUGUUCGGACCCUUCCCUGUGCCGCCUCUACCGCCACGUCUCGCAUGACUUCCUGGAGAUCCGCUUCCAGAUCCAGCGGUUGCUGGAGCCGCGGCAGUACAUGCUGCUGCUGCCCGACCACAUCAUGGUCAACAUCUUCUGCUACCUGCCCACGCGCGCCCUGGCCGCGCUCAAGUGCACCUGCCACGACUUCCGCUCGCUGAUCGAGACGUACGGCGUGCAGGCGGUGGACUCGCGCUGGAACCAGGACCCGCUGUACCGCGAGGACCCCUGCAAGCAGUGCAAGCGGCAGUACGAGCGGGGCGACGUGUCGCUGUGCCGCUGGCACCCCAAACCUUACCACCACGACCUGCCUUACGGACGCUCCUACUGGAUGUGCUGCCGGCGCACAGACAAGGACACGCCGGGCUGCCGCGUCGGCCUGCACGACAACAACUGGGUGCAGCAACCCGCCGACGGCAGCCAGUCGGUGCGCGCCAAGCGGGAGGAGCGCAGGGAGGAGGCCAGGUAGAAAGAGGGAGUGCAAACCCCCCCCCCCCCUGCCCUUCAGCUUGGCCCCACAGAAGAGAGCACAGGGACGGCUCGGCACUCUCUAGGACUCAUCGUGUCCUGAGUUUUCUCCUGCACUCCACUAUCGUUUGUCCUUUUUUAGAGGGAGGAGGGCCAGGGCGAGGGGUUCAGGAGGAGAGCUGUGUCUCCUUCACUGUACUCGUGACCCCUCGCUCUCCCUCUCGCCCCGACUUUACUGCAGCGAUGUGACGUAGUAUUACCACGGUUGGGGUCCCCUCCUGCUGCUCUGCACACUGUCUGCUGCCCCCCCCCCCCUGUCUUUGAUUCAAUGUUCCUUCCAAUACUCCAUACUUGGCCGUUGAGUGCUCCCAUGUGAAUGCCCCGCAGUAAACCUGACUCACGAUUAGCAUUCAUAACAACGUGACGCAUAGAAAUGUAAUGUUGCGCUUACUUAGUGACCAUACUCCUGCUAUGGCCAAAUAUCUCCUCAUCCUCGUUGAGUUUGCGCGUUGUGAGUUGUGUCCAUAACCCCUCCAUGUUGGCUGUGCAAUGGUGCUUCAGAGGGAUGAACGGCACAGGGUCAUAAAGAGAUCUGCUUUCUUUAUUUUGGGGUGAUGGAAUGUACAGCAUUGUUGUAGAAAUGUGAUUGUAUAGAGCUAACUUGCGUAUAAUUUUUCUCUUCCGUUGAACAUGGCUGCCACUCACACUUUGUCCCGUUGUCAUGGGUUUCUUUCUAUCUAUGAAUGUGCUGUAAUAUUAUUGUCUCUUCUACAUCCCCUUCCCUCAUUGAUAAUGCUGCUGAAAUCAUUGCCUCUGACAGGAACGUUAACUCGGUAAUAGCCAUACUAGUGGUCAACGAGAGGCUCUCGUCUCCCUUUUCACCCCCCAACCCUAGCCUAGUUUACUGGCCCCUCUGAGGUCUGUCCUCGCCAUCCGGUCGGAGUGGACCCCAACCUUGCUGAGUGCACAUAGGAGAAUCAAACCAGGGACUUACUGGUUUACAAAGGAUUAUGGGAGAUGGUCUAUGAAAUAAACACUAGGGUGGAAUGGGAGAAAAGCAACUUGAUGUCACUUUGCAAAGGCCCGAUGUCACUUUGUAUGGAUUGAUUGACUUGCUUAUUUGCUAUUUUAGUUUAACUUUGUUUGGUUUUUAUAAGGAUGGGUGUGUCAGAGAAUGUUUGUUUAUUUUGAAGACAGAGUUCCCAGUACCAAGUAUCGCAUCACCCCGCCACCUCAGAAACCUGUUUUAUUUUCUAUCAGAUUUAACUGCCAAAUCUCAUUUACCCUCAAUUUGGUUUGAUCCGAUAAAGGUUUGCUGAAGCGGUUUAUGCUUUGCAGCAGGUGAAACGACCAGAUUUCUCCACACCAGCUUUCAGCCUUAAUACCCCCUCCCGCACACACACCCCUAUACCCUCCCCUUGAGAGAAUAUGGCAUCGGAUACCUCACAAAGAUUACGCAUUUUAUCAGGGGUCGCAGCAGCCGGUCUGUCCUUCUGAUCGGGCGCUGCGCUCCGUGCAGACGUGUUAAAGGGCCCUCCGCGGCCUGUGGACGGCUCCCGACUCCUCAUUCCCUCAGCCUCCUCUCCAUCCCUUUUUAAAUGCACCCAAUUAGCUCUGCUAGCUGACCAGACUGGACCUGUGUACAAGACCGACCUGGUGAAUGAUACGAGACUGCAUGGAAACAAGCGUGGGGGGGGGGGAACAGAAGCGUGGGAGGCACGGGAGAACUUUGUAGGUUCCUGAUGUGUACAAUGCUAUUGGGAAAUGUGUGCUUAAAUAAAAACACUUGAUGAUUAAACUGGA